AUGGAAAUACAGCUCGCGGCGGCAGCAGUGCGCGCGCUCGAGGCGGCGCUCAAGCGGAAGCUUGAGGGGGAGGCGGUCGGGGACUUCAACGUCGACGCUGCGGCGGAAGCUUCCGCGCUCCUGAAGCGCGCGCGCGGCAGCUCCGAGGGAGGCGCGGCCACGCAGAGCGGUAGACCGGAGGCUGGCGCAGCAGGACGGACCGACGGUUUUGCCGAUCGCGGGGAUGCUAAUAACGCGGACGCUCAUCGCUCAGAGAGUUCCAAGAGACCAUCUGUUGGCGGCAGCCGGCCGGCCGCGCGAGGCGGCGCCGAUGACGUCAUGCCGACGCGAUCUGAGCUGGAGGCGAUUUGGCAGCUAGUGCACUCGGGGUACUUUGCGGGCGGCGGGGAGGGGGAGCUGCGCGAGGGGCAGGGCGCGCACGAAGCGGCGGAUUUAGCGGGCGCUUCGGGAAGCAGAGGAGACGGGGCGUUGUCACGUGCCGUGGGAACGUCUGAGGUUGCAGCGCGAGAAGGAAGGGCGAUCCGGAAGGCGUGGGAGGAGUCUCUCUCCGCGCAAGGCGGGGCGGGCGGAGGCGCUGGGGAGCGGGGCGGAAGGGGGGAUGACUUUGCGGGCGGCGGGGGCCAGCAGUCGUCGAAGAAAGGGCAGAACCUGGGCCCCCAGGCCAUGGCCGCGCGGAUGCGGUGGGAGCGGGUGAACGCGCGCAUGAGGGUGCUGCAGGGGCUGGUGCCGGGGGCGGCCACGAUGACAACAGAGAGCUUCCUGCUCCUCGCUCUCAUCCCCCCCAACCUCCCCACUCCCCUGCGCUCACCCCCCCCAACCUCCUCAGAUGCGGCGGGAGCGAGUCAAUGCGCGCAUGAGGGUGCUGCAGGGGCUGGUGCCGGGGGCGGCCACGAUGACAACCGAGAGCUUCCUGCUGGAGGCGGUUCACUAUGUGCGCUUCCUGCUGCAGCAGGUCAUGCAAGGCUGUGUGGCAUCGAGUCGACUCCCCUUCCUGCUGGAGGCAGUUCACUACGUGCGCUUCCUGCUGCAGCAGGUCAUGGUGCGUUCACUGCUGCUGUGUUCCACUUCCACCCGCCCCCUCCCGUCGACUCUCCUUCCUGCUGCAGCAAGUCAUGGUGCGUUCACUGCUGCUCCGCUCCCUCCCGGUGUGUCCCCUGCUGCUCUUCUCUCCUCUCCCCCCCCACACGGGUGCGUGUUGCUCUGCCCCCCACUCCCCCCUGGUGCGUUCCCUGCUGCUCCCUCCUUCCUUUCCUGCCGCCCUUUCUCUUCUGCGCUCCUCCACACCCCCCUUUCUCCUUAUCCCCCUUUUCCCCUCCCCCUUCUCUCCUUAUCCCCCCACUCCUCGCCCCACCCCUCUCCCCUGCUGCUCGCCCUCCGCCUUUGCAGGAGCUAUCAGAGCUUUAUACCCCUCAGAACCGCAACAGGGAGGAGGGGGAGGGGGAGAGUGGCGAGGGGCAGAGCCGAGCGGGGGAGGGGGCUGGGUGCAGUGUUGAAGGGGGCGCUGGAGGGAAGGGUGACGUGGACAGCGAGUUGAGGCGGGAAGGGCUGCGAUUGGUGCGCGUGGAUCGGCUGUUGCCGAUAGUGGGGGUGGGUGGGCUGCUGGAUUGUAUUCUGGGCAGCUCGGCGCGCUCUGCUGAAGCAAAGGCACUGGUCCACGUGUCGCACAUCAACAGGCUCAGGGUGUCGCACGCGAUCAGUCGGUCGCAGAGCCAGUCUCGUCGCACAUCGCUCACUGUCAGGGCCGCAGGUGAAUCUGCAGACACGCCAGCCACUGAUUCCGCUGCCGCAGCUGCAGCUUCGGCAGGGAGCAAGCCCACACCUGAGGCCGCCACGUCAGAGUCGUCAUCAGCCUCGGGAGUGCCGGUUCUGACCAUAGUGGCCGGCGUUUUUGUCUUUGCCCUCGUGAUCUUCGCGCUUUUCUCGCUCGCCAGUGCUAUUCUGGGCAUUUUCUUGCGCUGA